AUGGCUCUUCGUACUAACUUUGAGAACUCGAACGAAGUUGGCGUCUUUGCUAAACUUACAAACAAGUACGCCCUUGUCGGCAUUGGAGCCAACGAGAACUUUUACAGCGUUUUUGAGUCUGAAUUAACGGACGUUAUUCCCGUUGUGCACACAUCAAUUGCUGGAUGCAGAAUUAUCGGCCGAUUGACUGCUGGAAACAAAAACGGCGUCCUCUGCCCUCAGAACACAACAGAUCAGGAGCUUCAGCACAUCCGUAACUCGCUCCCCGACGGUGUCAGAGUCAUGCGGAUAGAAGAACGCUUAUCAGCUCUUGGAAACGUUAUCGCUUGCAAUGACUACGUCGCCCUCGUCCACCCAGAUAUUGAUCGGGAAACGGAAGAAAUCAUCGCCGACACGCUCAAUGUCGAAGUUUUUAGGCAAACAGUUGCAGAUCAGGUUUUGGUUGGGACGUAUUGUCAGUUUACAAACAAGGGCGGCCUUGUGCACCCGAAAACAACGCCAGAGGAUCAGGAUGAAUUAGCGAGCUUGUUGCAGGUGCCCCUUGUGGCUGGAACGGUCAACAGAGGAUCCGAUGUUAUCGGAGGCGGAAUGGUUGUAAAUGAUUGGGUCUCCUUCGUCGGGCAAGACACGACUGCAACGGAAAUCUCGGUGAUAGAGUCCAUUUUCCGUCUCAACGAUCAGCAGCCCGACAAGGUUACUGGCGACAUGAGACACGCUCUCAUCGACUCAAUGGUGGCGUAA